UCAGAACGCUUCACUCUGAAUGACGCCAUGCUGGUCGAAGAAAUUCAGAAAAGGGAGAAAAAGUUUUGCUUCGUGCCUCCUAAAAUGGAUGUCUGCAUAGCUGCUUUAGUCAUGAACCCCAACUUCGAUAGGGACAAAACAAUUGAGGCGAUAAGGACCUACUGCUGUGAGAAUUUGAAAAAGGAAAGAGAGACUCCUCCAAGGGUUUUUCUUGUCUCCAGGAGAGAUUUGAGCUUGUAUGAUUUCCCCCUCCUGCAAGAGGCCUUUGAAAAUGACCUGGACGACCUCAAGAGACACGCUGUUAUUUCAUCUCUGCCAGUUUUCUCAAGAAAAGUCCUGAAAAAGAAAAAGGCUGCUAUGGAAGACUUUAUAUGGAAAGUCGCCACUAAAUCUUGUAGCAUUGCAAUGAUUCCUGUCCCAGGACUCUCUCUCGUCUGUGAUCUCAACAUUUUGAUUGCAACAAUGAAAUUUUUCUACAAGGUCUUUGGCUUGGAUGAGGAUUGCCUCCACCGAGUUGCAGAACUGGUUCGCAAAGAUUACGACGUGCUGAAAUCGGCUAUCAAAAAAUCCCCAAUGUCCAGUGAGAUCACUCCAACAUUUGUAAACAGCCUCUUAGCAAAGUCAGUGCUGUGUUUGACUGUGAGGGUGACACAAUGUGUCUUGGAUUGUAUACCUCUGUUGGGUUAUCUGACUGGUGGACCUAGUUCUUUUAUUACAACCUUCCACAUGCUGAAAAGUUUCCUGAGAGACCUGGUGGAAGAUGCGGAGAACGUCCGGGCAAAAGCUGCUGAGCCUUAA